AUGGGAUUGUGCAUAUCAAAGAUUGGGAUUUUGCAGAUAUUGAAAGUGACCAGCGGGAGUAUAUCGCAUGCGAACGGCAUUCUUCCGUUUGUGCAUUCGAUAACUGGCUUUAAUGCAAAGCCGGUAAAUAGUAAGGACGAUGUGCUGAUGAUCAACAAGGAAUGGGAGGAGGAAGUACUCAUGCUUGAGAUACUUGACAUGCGGUGUAUGGAAACCUUCUUUAUUGAGAUACCGAAGAAGAAUAACGAAGGCCUUGGCAUUGCAGUGAAGUUCCAUGAGAGUCCUGUUGCUCUUCUUUCGAUGCAGGUGUUACGAAUCCAUCCGAACUCGCCUGUAGAGAAGUGUAGAAUGCUGGUUGGAGACUACAUUCUUGGGAUUGAAAAUAUGCAUUCGUUUGAUGAGGAAGAUCUACUGGAAACGUUGUAUUCGAAGCGAGGGCAGGCUGUGCCGAUUGUAGUGUACAACGAUGAUCUUGGAUAUGUAAGGGUUGUGCGUGUUGAGGUUGGAAUGGAGAUAUUGCUGGGAUGCCAGAUAGGAACUGGAGAGAUGUAUAGGAUUCCGUAUGGAGCGAGAAGCAAUCGGCUUGAGCUUAAUGCGGCAGUUAUCAAGAAAGAUAUUGACAGGCUGGAUCGGAGGAUUCGUGGGAAGGAGAUUAUUGAUCGUAGGAUGAGUCGGGAGGUAGUAGAACGCAGGAAUUCAUAUCCAAGGUUCCUGAAUGAGGGCUAUAAUGGCAUGCAUCAGAAAGAGCUUAUAUAUGAUGUAUAUUCACUGCACGACAAGGAGUUGCAUGAUACAAAGCCAUCGAUGAAUGUUUUGCUGGACAUUGAAGAUGAUUGUGAAAUGCCUAUGUAUGCUGCUGAUGAUGCUAUGUCAGCCAGUUCAAUAGAAACGAAUGGAAUUAAUCUACAUGGUGAUAGCGAGAAGAAUAUCAUAGAAAUACUAAAUAAUACAAGCCAAGACGAUAACUUUGAUUUUGAGCAUGAGCUGCCUUUAGUGUGCAGUAUCAACAAAGGCGAGCAUGUAAAUGAAAGUCAUCAGACUAUUUAUACAGGAUCUAAUGAGAGUGCAAGGCAUUACGAGUCAAUAAGUACUGAAAAUAUUUAUGAGCCAGAUGCAAAUAUGCAAAGUGUGUCUAGGUAUGAAAUGCAGCAAUGCCCAUUGUGUCUGAAAUUCCAUGACGAUGAAUUUGAUGAUACAGAGCGCUAUGAUGGCAGUAGGAGAGCGGAAAAUGUAGAAUACAAGCAUGGAUAUGAAUCUGAUUACUGUGUAGAGCAUCAUCCAAAUGAGGAGUUGUAUGUACAGGAGUAUUUUUGCAGUAGCAAUGAAUAUUUAGAGGAUUAUGAUGUAAAGAAGCAUUCAGUGGAGCAUGAGAUUGAUCUUGAAAAAAGUAUGCUUGAAUCAGAGAACAAGAUAGCCCAAGAUAUUAUGGAAAUGAAGAUCAAAAAUGACAUGGAAUCCAAUGACUAA